UUUGUGUUUGUAAUUCAAAGAUCGAAACAUACGAACCGUUUAAGAGAAAGAAAGAGAUUUAAACCGUUCAAGUUUUAAAAUUUUCGUAAAACAAACCAAUUGGAGGCUGUAUAAUUAAAAUAUCGAAUACUGCUUUUAUUUUUCAUAUUUCGAAAUUCAAGCCCUUCCCUUCCCGCUCUCCUCCGCCAUUUCGGACAUUUUGCGCGGGAAAAUCCCUAGUGCGAAUCUGGAAAUCGAGCUUCUCUGUGGAGUAAUUGCGAGUGUUUCUGUGCAUAGAGCUUGCGCGUGUCAAGAAUGGAAGGCAGUGAAAGCGAGGCAGCUUUCAAUUCGCUGAAUCUGAAUCCGCAGCUGUUCAUCAACGGUCUUAACGUCGCCGAUGACUUGGUCGACGACGCUUUCGAUCAUUUCCACCAACAAGCAUCAACCUUUCUGAAAACUGAGGGCACUGAGAGAGCCCAAGAUCUAUCCAGGGGUGUUGAUAUCAUCCGCAAAAAGGUUCAAUCAGAUCUUGAUAAGAAGCUGGCCGUCUGGGAGCAGUACUGCCUGGACUACGUUUUUCGAGUUCCAGAGGGGUUCGACCCGGCCAAGGAUAUAUGUUGUUAUCAGUUCAUUGAUUCUUUCCGUUCUGUGAACUUGUUUAAUUUACCACCCGUCGACGCUUCUUUAUGUCAAGAUGCAGUAGUUGACGCAGACCUGGAUGCCGAGCUGGAUUUGUUGAGGAAUGAACUUACUGAGGUUGGUAAGGAGAAUGCUGCGCUGAAUCGAGAGAUCCAAUCGUUAGAAGGACAGUCUGCUUCGAGAGAUCGUUGUUCUGCGCUUGUCAAUGCGACCUUGCAACAAUAUGAACUAAACUCUUACCAUGAGAUGUUCCAGGGCUUCUCGAAUGCUAAGUUGGAAGAUCUUCAAGCGUUUAUAGCCCAUAUGAAAAACAUGUGAGCUUCUCUGGUACGAAGUUGGAAGAUCUUGAAGAAUUUUUAGUCAAUGUGAAAAACUUGUGAACUUUUAUGUGUGAUUUCGUCAGUCUCGGAAGAUCUUGACGGAUUCGAAUUUUACGCAAAAACUGUGAACUAUAACUCACGAUUUUUUUUCGAGUUCGGGUGAAUCUACAAAACCACCGAAAAGCCGUUUUUGAAGGUAGGAUGCAUCCCCAAAACUUUCUUAUUCCCGUUUAUGUCUGCAGCCAUCCGAUCCGGUAUGAUAAACAAAAUUCCGGAAUCGGCGAACUACAAGUGAAUCGUAAUUAGUCAUAUGAUACUCUCCGUUUUGUCGAGCCCUGCUUUGGUCUCUGGUUUGCAGACUAAAUAAAAGAGGACGAAAAAGUACGUGUAAAAUAAAUGAGUAAACUUCCAACUCUCUUUUAACAUUCAAUCUACUACCGCACUCUGUAGAGUCACCCGAAAAAUUUGAUGGUAAACCGAAACAAAACACGAUGAUGCAAAACCGGUAGCCAUCCGUACCCAAAAAAUGAAUAAGAGAUCUCUACUCAACGUUACGGUUUGGCAACAAAUAGUAGCUUGUAUGAAAAUAUGAAUGCAUCUUACAAUCGGUGUUUUUAGAUAAACACCAUACGCGACUUGAGUUUAAUAAAAGUGGAAAUCCAGAGAAGAAAACUGACAUUCGUAUUC